CCUUGAGCAAAAUCAGCGCAGGUUACCUGUGAAGACAUCAUUACAUAGACAAAUAUCAUCCGAAGCUUGAAGCCGGGCUCAUUUGCGAGCCAUGGCAAGGCGUGAAGAAGAGGUGGCCAUAACUCUCAAACUGGUGUCUCAUGAUGACCAGACGAAUCUAAAGGUGAAAAUGCCAAAGAGCGUGAAGAUGAUGAAGGUCAAGGAAAGAGUUCAAGCAGAGUUUGACAUCCCUGCUGAAGAACAGAUCAUCCUUUUCCGGGGAAAAUACAUUGCCAAGCGCUACAUGACCCAGAAGGAGGACGCGUUCCAGCCGCUGAACAUGCCGGACCUGGAGGAGAUUGUGAACGAAGCUGGAGAGGAAGGCUUGCAAAUGACUGUGAUCCACAAACCAUUCCGCUUGGAGAGUUUCAUGAAGCAGGAGGAUGUAGAAGAGGAAGACUAUGAUGUGAAGCUCAGGAACUCUAAAGCAAGCCUGCUGCAUCGUGCAGUGCGGCGAUGUGAGAUCAGCGUGGUCCAAGAACUCUUGGUGAAGGAGGCCUUCACCCGUGUCAACGCCCGAGAUCGUGCGGGGCAAACAGCUUUGCAUGCUGCGUGUACGGCAUGGCAACGGGAGAGCGCAAAGCUCAUUCUUGAGUCCGAGCAAUUCCAAGCCGUUUACAAGAAGGACCUGGAUGGGCGGACUGCUUUGCACUAUGUGGCUUGUUGGGGUGACUUGGAGGUUGCCCGCUUGAUCCUCGCGCAUCCAAAAAUUGGGAGAAGACAUAUCCUCAUGGAGGACUGUUACGGUCACACGCCCAUGGCACUGGCGAGUGACUGUGGACAUGACAAGCUGUUGGAGGCGAUGCAGGAAGCUUUGGCCUCUAAGGGAGAGGAUGAGGAACCACUGGCAGAUGAGGAGCCAUCUCGCCCAAGUUCCCCAGUGGCCCCUCGUCCUGAAGAUGAAGAAGAAGAGAAGCCACCGCCGCCACCGCCUGAUGCCUCCUAACUUCACUUCAAGGAAGUAGCCUUGCAGUGAACAGUUCUCUCUCCAAGGGAAAAGCGGACGAAUUACGACCAGACAUACAGUGGUUGAGCGGAUGGACCACACGGCUUGAGUGGAUGCUUCUUUUCAAAACUUUGAUCAUGGCAGCACAGCGUGUCUUCAAGCAGAGAGCGGAAGCUUGCCUUGCAAAGAGGAUGCACUUCGACUUUGCCAACUUAUCUCUAUGUGACUUUGAACCUUCAUGAACCUUCCAAGUUCCAUUUUGCGUCAAGCUUGUGGAAGGGUAGAUCAUCGUGAAGCUGGGAGCAAUUUCCAACAACCUGUGCGACUCAUGGAUACCCAGACACCAGAGAAGACGCCUACAGACGAGACGAGUGCCUGGUGUAAAUAUUUGUUGACAAAAGGCAAAUCUGCAGUCGAGAG